CUCAUACCUGUUGCAUCUCUCGUGGCUGGCGGACCUGUGUGUGCCUCGCUCCUCGAUCUAACCACAUACGCCAACGAGAACACAAUAUACAUAACCAAGCAUGGAGAACAGUCGGCUCGUCCUCCUAGGGUGUCUGGUAGUAUUGGUCUCCGCCCUGGUCUCCGUGACAGCUUUUAACCAAGACCGAGUUAUCCAGAAAUGGUCUCCACUCUGGUUCCAGAAUCACUACAGCAGCGGUCAUCUGUAUAAGAGGUUCCGUGAUGAGCCAAUCCCAAAGUGGAGUCCAACUUAUUUUGACAACUCCGGCCUCUACUACGACCAGAAGAGGGAAUUCAGUGGAUGUGGACGGGAGAACUCACUCUGUAUGUUCGCGAGCAGUGUGACGGGUGAGGUGAUGUCUGUCAGGUGUUGUGGAGCUCUUCAGUGUCUGUCUACCGGCUCCUCCCACACCUGUGUUGAACCCAAAUCGCUGCCUAUGGAUAAUGUGGAUCUUGAUGAGAUGGAAAUUUAGACUACUGGAGAGACCUUCACUUAACAGCAGAGACCUUCACUUAACAGCAGAGACCUUCACUUAACAGCAGAGACCUUCACUUAACA